CUUCUCUUAUUGACUCUUCUCGGUUUUUAUAUUUUGCCAAAACUCUUCUCCCAUUGAUUCUUCCCAAUCCCACAUCAUGGAGGCUCCUACUCUCACCGGCUUGCUCAAUCGAAUCUCCUCCGAAUUCCCCUCCCGUCGUGCCAUCUCCGUCCCCGGCAAGUUCGAUCUCACCUACUCUCGUCUUCUCGAACUCGUCGAACGCGCAGCUUCUCGUUUAGUCUCAUCUGGAAUCAACGCCGGCGAUGUCGUCGCUCUUACCUUCCCCAAUACCGUCGAGUUCGUGAUAAUGUUUUUGGCCGUAAUUCGUGCACGAGCCACGGCCGCGCCACUGAACCCAGCCUAUACGGCCGAGGAGUUCGAGUUUUACUUAUCCGACUCGGAGUCGAAGCUCUUGUUGACGUCCCGAGAAGGGAAUGGUUCGGCUCAAGACGCGGCUUCAAAGCUUAAUAUCCCUCACGUGACGGCUUCGCUUGCCAAAGCUGAUGACGCCGAGCUCAGUCUCUCUCUGACUCACAACCAAUCGAGAUCGGACUUGGCCGCCAAACUCGUUAACGACCCGUCCGACGUGGCCCUAUUCCUCCACACCUCAGGCACGACGAGCCGGCCCAAAGGAGUGCCUCUAACUCAGCACAACUUGGCCGCUUCGGUUCAGAACAUCAAGUCCGUGUACAAACUCACUGAGUCCGAUUCGACGGUGAUCGUUCUGCCACUCUUUCACGUCCACGGACUCAUCGCGGGAUUACUGAGUUCGCUCUGUGCGGGGGCCGCUGUGGCGCUGCCGGCGGCUGGCCGUUUCUCGGCUUCCACGUUUUGGGCAGAUAUGCUGAAUUACAACGCGACAUGGUAUACGGCGGUCCCUACCAUACACCAGAUCAUACUGGAUCGUCACUCGAGCAAGCCCGAACCCCACCCGAAACUCCGAUUUGUUCGGAGUUGCAGCGCGUCGCUCGCACCGAUUAUAUUGGGUCGGCUGGAGGAGGCAUUUGGAGCGCCGGUUUUGGAGGCCUAUGCAAUGACGGAAGCGUCCCAUCUAAUGUCAUCAAACCCGUUGCCGGCGGACGGGCCGCACAAGCCCGGGUCGGUGGGGAAACCAGCGGGUCAAGAAAUGUCAAUCCUGAACGAGAAGGGAGAGAUCCAGAAGGCUGAAGUUCCAGGAGAGGUCUGCAUCAGGGGUCCGAAUGUGACAAAAGGAUACAAAAAUAACCCGGCAGCUAAUACGACAGCGUUUGAGUUCGGAUGGUUCCACACCGGUGAUCUCGGGUUUUUUGAUUCAGACGGGUAUUUGCAUCUGGUUGGCCGAAUUAAGGAGCUCAUUAAUCGUGGAGGGGAGAAAAUAUCACCCAUAGAAGUGGAUGCUGUCCUGUUAUCUCAUCCGGACGUUGCUCAGGCGGUUGCUUUCGGAGUGCCUGACGAUAAGUAUGGCGAGGAGAUAAAUUGUGCAGUAAUAGCAAGAGAAGGAUCAGAAAUUGACGAGGAAGAGGUGUUAAGGUUUUGCAAGAAGAAUCUUGCAUCCUUCAAAGUACCCAAGAAGGUUUUCGUCACUGAUUCUUUGCCGAAGACUGCCACCGGCAAGAUCCUCCGCCGUCUUGUCGCUGAGCACUUCGUUUCUCAAAAGUGAGCUUCUGCUGUAAGGUCCUCAUCUUUUGGCGUCUGUAUACAAUGCUCAAUAAGAGGUGGCCCUACCCCCUACCCUUCGUUUUUUUCACCCCGGCAAUAUGUGAGAAUGUAAGGCCAAGCAGCAUGUCUAAUUUGGAUUAUCUGUGAAAGUCAAAAGAGGAAAGAAAAAUAAUCAUCGUUAUUAAAAUUUUAGUUAUCCAAAGAAGAUGAUUUUUUCUUCCUGAAUGUUCUGGAUGGUUAAGACCUUUUAAAAAUAUUUUACUUUUUUUU